AUGGGCAGGCGGGUGGCCGUGGUAACGGGGGCAAACAGAGGUAUCGGGCUUGGCAUUGUCAAAGGUUUGUGCCAGCAGUUUGAUGGGGAUGUCAUUCUCACAGCACGAGAUGAAGUCAGGGGUAGAGCUGCGGUGAAACAUCUAGAGAAAGAAGGUCUGCUGGCCAAGUUCCAUCAGCUGGACGUCACAGAUCAUGACAGUAUCAUGCGACUGAGGGAUUUUCUACAGGAGAACUAUGGUGGCUUGAACAUACUGGUCAACAAUGCUGGUGUUGCCUUUCUAGAGUCGUCAACCCCAUUUGCUGAACAAGCAGUACAGACUGUCCAAGUGAAUUAUUUUGGUACUCUGGAAACUAGCGCCAUUCUCUUCCCCCUUCUGAAACCCCAUUCUCGUGUGUGUAAUGUGUCCAGCAUGGCAGCCACAGAUGCUUUAAGAAAAUGCUCUCCAGAACUGCAGGCUAAGCUGAGUGACCCUGGUAUAUCCAUGGAGGAAUUGUCUGGCUACAUGACUCAGUUUGUGCAGCUGGCUCAGGAGAAUAAACACAGAGAGCAUGGCUUUCCAGAUGAUGCCUAUGGGUUUUCCAAGAUUGGCAUGACCGUCAUGUCUAUACUGCAGCAGAGGCAGCUGGACAGACAAGGGCUAGAUGAUGUUGUAGUCAAUGGUUGCAGUCCAGGUUAUGUAGCCACAGACAUGACUCACUGGAAGGGACAUUUGAGUGUGGAGGAAGGAGUGAUCACCCCUCUGUACUGUGCUCUGCUGCCUGCCAACAUUACUAGCCCCAGGGGAACAAUCAUACGACAGAAGCAGGAGGUUGACUGGGUCCACUUUCAUAGACUCUGA